AUGGCCUCCUUUAAUGAAGUUGAAGGCCGUCUGGCACUCAUCACUGGAGCUUCUUCGGGCAUAGGCGCAGCAUGUGCUCGUAGACUUGCCACAGGGGGCGUGCAUCUCGCCCUCACCUACUCCAAAAACCUCGACGGCAUGAGCGCCGUGUACCACUCCAUCAAACAGCAAGGGUUCCAAUCAGCAGGAUCACCCCUACGCAUUUCCAUGCACCAAGUUGACGUUGCCGUCCCCGAACAGAUCAGCCUCAUGUUCCAGGAGAUUGAACAGGCGCACAACCAACUCCCGGACAUCCUGGUGUCGAACGCCGGAUACGGCAAGCGCAUUCCGCAAAUAUGGGAUAUUUCGUUGGAGGAGUUUGAUCACACGAUCAAUGUUAAUUUGCGGGCGUCAUUUAUUUUGGUGAAGGGGGUGGUGGAGCGGAUGAAGGAGCAGCGAUGGGGACGGAUUGUGUUUAUGUCUUCCAUAGCAGGAUAUGGAGGGGGCAUUAACGGGUGUCACUACGCUGCCUCCAAGGGUGGCUUGACAGGUAUGAUGAAGAAUCUCUCCACCCGUCUUGCCGAAUACAAUAUCAGCGUCAACGACGUUGCACCCGCUAUGAUUGGUGAAACGGGCAUGAUACCCAAUGCCCAGGCCAUUCCGGAAGUUGCAGCGGGCAUCCCGCUGGGCCGAUUGGGAACGCCAGAGGAGGUUGCAAAUGUGGUGGAGAUGUGUGUGGUGACGGGUUAUUUGACGGGGCAGAGCGUGUUGUUGGCUGGGGGGUUGAAGUGA